CCACCACCUUCCUUCCAAUUACAUCCUCUCUUCCUCUCUCUUGCUCUGUCGUUUCUUUUACGUCACAGUUAGACUGAGAAAGUUUAGUUAAGCCAUCAACCCAGGCAGCCACCCAUCAGGGGAAAAAAAAACCUAGACUCUCCUUCCCUUCCCUAAUCCUAUAGCUAAAAUACCAUAUAUCUAUACCUAUUUAAUAAAAAAUAAAGCUACUAGUAUGUUUCACAGCGACUUUCUCUCUUCUCAUCUCUCGCCACUCACUAUCCCUUCAUGCUAAGAACACAUCUUAUUUAACUAUAUAUCUUUUUCAUUUCUUUUCGUCUCUGUAUCUGAAGAAACAAACAGAAGAAACAAGCACAAGCACAAGUUCUUAGGACGAUGGCAUGCAUAUGCAUGCUUCGAUAUUUCAACAAACUCAUUGCUAUGUUUUUUGCUUCCACCCUUCUAUUGACCGGAGUCUCUGCAAGGUUUGUGGUAGAGAAAAAUAGAAUCCGAGUGCUGUCUCCAUUGAAUCUGCGAGCAAAGCAUGAUGGUGCGAUAGGUAACUUUGGAACACCAGACUACGGAGGGUUCAUUAUAGGCUCAGUGGUUUAUCCAGACAAAGGGGCUAAUGGCUGUGAACCUUUUGAUGGUGUGCCCUUCAAGUCCAAAUUUCCUCGCCCCUCUGUUCUCCUUCUUGAUCGUGGAGAGUGUUACUUUGCCCUGAAGGUAUGGCAUGGCCAACAGGCUGGAGCCGCUGCAGUAUUGGUGGCUGAUAGCAUAGAUGAACCUCUAAUAACUAUGGAUUCUCCUGAGGAAAGCACUGAUGCCAAUGAGUUUGUGGAGAAAAUAGGAAUUCCGUCAGUUUUGAUAGAGAAGUCAUUUGGUGACAGCCUGAAGGAGGCCCUCAAGAAGGGUGAAGAUGUAGUGGUAAAAUUAGACUGGAGGGAGUCAAUGCCCCAUCCUGACCAAAGAGUUGAAUAUGAGCUUUGGACGAAUAGCAAUGACGAGUGCGGGGUUCGUUGUGAUGAGCAGAUGAAUUUUGUAAAGAAUUUCAAGGGCCACGCACAAAUACUUGAAAAAGGGGGUUACACUUUGUUCACACCACAUUACAUAACUUGGUAUUGUCCUCAGGCUUUUGUUUUUAGCAGUCAGUGCAAGUCUCAGUGUAUAAACCAUGGAAGAUAUUGUGCUCCUGAUCCAGAACAAGAUUUUGCACAGGGAUAUCAAGGAAAGGAUGUGGUGUUUGAGAACUUGAGACAGCUCUGUGUGCACAGAGUUGCCAAUGAGAGCAAGAGGUCUUGGGUUUGGUGGGACUACGUGACAGAUUUCCAUAUCAGGUGCUCAAUGAAGGAGAAGAGAUAUAGCAAAGAAUGUGCCGAGGAUGUCAUGAGCUCACUUGAUUUGCCUAUUGAGAAAAUCAAAAAGUGCAUGGGUGAUCCUGAAGCUGAUGUCGAGAAUGAAGUCCUGAAAACCGAGCAAGAACUUCAGGUUGGCCAAGGUUCUCGUGGUGAUGUUACCAUUUUGCCAACAUUGGUUAUCAAUAAUGUUCAAUAUCGAGGAAAAUUGGAGAGAACUGCUGUGCUUAAGGCCAUCUGUGCUGGAUUUAAGGAGACCACAGAACCUUCAGUUUGUUUAAGUGCAGAUCUUGAAACUAAUGAGUGCCUUGAAAGAAAUGGUGGUUGUUGGCAUGAUAAACGAGCUAACAUAACUGCAUGCAAGGACACAUUCAGGGGAAGAGUAUGUGAGUGCCCCACUGUGAAGGGCGUGCAAUAUAGAGGAGAUGGUUACAUUUCUUGUGAAGCUUUUGGAUCUGCGAGAUGUACAAUUAACAAUGGAGGUUGUUGGUCUGAAGCAAGAAAUGGAUUAACUUUCUCAGCCUGCUCAGAAACCCAAUUAAGAGGUUGUCAGUGUCCACAAGGCUUCCGAGGGGAUGGUCAUAAAUGUGAAGAUAUCAAUGAAUGCAAGGAAGAGAGUGCUUGCCGGUGUGAUGGUUGCUCCUGUAAAAACACUUGGGGUGCAUAUGAGUGCAAGUGUAAAGGUGAUCUUCUGUACAUAAAGGAGCAUGAUGCUUGCAUAGAGAGAAAUGGAUCACGCUUUGGGUGGUUCCUCACCUUCUUGGUCUUGGCAGCUGUGGCAGGUGCAGGGUUAGCUGGGUAUAUAUUCUACAAAUAUAGGCUCCGGUCUUACAUGGACUCAGAAAUCAUGGCUAUCAUGUCACAAUACAUGCCGCUUGACAAUCACCAUAAUAACAAUGAAGUUCCUAGUGAGGCGCAACCUUUGCGACAAAGUUCAACAGCAUAAAUAAAGAUGGAGGAGGUUACAAGCAAUCAGUAAUAUGCAUUGUGCUUUAUGUUGGCCCUGAAAUUUGAGUGAUUCAUAUUUGUACAGCUCUUAUGCGGAUGACAAAAAAGGCACUUCCUUUACUGCUAUACUGGCACAGCCACCAUGAGUUAUCUUUAUACAGAAAAUUUUCUUUACAGAUAAGUGAGAACAGAACAAAAUCUUUUUUUUUUUUUUUUUCGUCUUUGUAGUUGUUGUUUGUGGAUAAAAUAGUUGAGAUGUAAACAUAGGUUGAAUGUCAUGUGAGGACUCAUGAAUCAUGAUCUACAUUCUAUAGAAGUAAGAAAAGUAAAAGAAUAAGAGAAAAGGGUUGUUGUAAAAUUAAUUAAUUAAUUCCUUCAUUUCCGAACAUUACCAACUCUUGUUGUAGCGUGUAAGCAGAUUUUAAGGUAAACUGAAGUUGUGUAUUUUAUUGUAAUUUAAUCAGUUUCAUUCGGUUAGACCUUGCUCCUAUGCAAGCAUCAAGAGUGCUCAGCAACUAAACUAAGUUUGUUUUGUAUCUGAACUCAAGGCUUAGCUUAAAUGAUUCACCCAAAUAUGGAUUCUUGCAAGAGUGAGGUUUGAUCCUCAACACUUGCAUAUUUUCUUUUCUUAAUUUCUUUUCGGUCUUGACCUCUUAGUACCAAAAAAAAAAAAAAAAGUGUGUUUUGUAUCUUCUUCUUCCUGUCCUGUGAUCCUGUGGAGGAGUGCAAACGC